AUGUCAUCCGAUCAACCAAUGGCUUCUCCACCUUCCAAAUCAUCUUCACCACCACCUCGUAAAGCAAAGGAUGAUUCGAUGACUGACCAUCCUCAGGAAGAAACCAAAACCGAUGAUAGGCAAGCUGACAUGACGAUCCGAAGCGGACAUGAAGAAAGUGAAGAGAUUUCAGUAACAGGUCCAGAGGAAAAAUCAACAUCUCAUCAUGAAAAAGAAACAAAUGGUUCCUCAAGACAUCGUCGAGAGAAAGAGCGGUCUAGCAGGUCAGACGAUAAGUCUCGCGAGACUGAUAGAGAUAGUAGUCGUCGACAUCGUGAGCGUAGUGAGAGGGAUAGGGAUAACGGUAAAAGCGAACGGUCCGAGCGUCAUGAACGCCCUAUCGAUCGUUCUCCCGGAAAAGAUUCCGAUGUCCGCAGUCAUACUAGCCGUCGCAGUCAUCGUCGGCAUCGUUCGACUUCACGUGACUUGGAACGCACUCACAGCGACCGUGACAGACGUCGUGAUCGUGAUCAUAGAGAUCGUGAUGGAGUUGAUCGUGAUGGUGAACGAGACCGUGAAAGAGACCAUGAAAGGGAACGAGAUCGAGAUCGACCGCGUGAUAGGGACCGCGAGCGCGAGCGACACCGGGAUCGAGACCGCGAGCGCGAUCAUAAACGCGGACAUCGAUCUAAUGAUCCAGUUGAUGAGGAGCGUGAAAGAUACCGUAAGCGGCAUCGCAGCAGGAGUAAGGACCGAUCUCGAGAUCGGAGUCACCGUCCCGAUGAUCCUAUAGAUGACAGAGAAAUUGAACGACGCAGGAGGUACGAAGAAGCCGAAGGGGAAGACAACCCACGCUACCGUCCCUAUGAGCAGACAGCUUCACCGACAGCCCGCCGGUCCUCCAGCCCUCAUUUGACAGAGGAAGAACAUGAGAUGCGUUCCGUUUUUGUCUCUCAACUUUCCGCUCGUGUGGGCGAUCGCGAACUCUCCCAAUUCUUCGAGCAACAGGCAGGCAAAGUCCGAGACGCGCGAGUGAUCACGGAUAGGAUAUCACGCCGUUCCAAAGGCGUGGGAUACGUAGAGUUUCGCGAAUUAGACAGUGUUCAGAAAGCAUUGGCACUGACUGGUACGAAGUUGCUUGGCUUGCCAGUCAUGGUUCAAUAUACCGAAGCCGAAAAGAAUCGUCAAGCCAUGGCCAACACCCAGCCCAACAAUGUCGCUGCGGGUUUAGUGACUGUCCCACCAGCUCCACCUGUCCAGAGAUCAUAUGUAGCUCCCAAGCCACGUGGCCCAGGCCCAAACGAUCCCAACAGCUAUGCUCGACUAUAUGUUGGCUCUCUCAACUUCAAUCUUACAGAUGACGAUUUGCGGCAGGUCUUUCAACCAUUCGGUGAUAUUGAGUACGUUGACCUUCAUAGAGACCAGAUUACCGGCAAAAGUAAAGGCUACGCCUUUACGUUGUUAACAUGCGUGAACAUUAGAUUCAAAAAUAUGCACGAUGCCAAAAAUGCGAUGGAAAAAAUGAAUGGGUUCCAGCUGGCUGGUCGUGCUUUGCGUGUUGAGAUCAAGGCCCAACCGCCAGCUGCCCUACUCAAUGCGACAGCUCCUGGUGUGAUUAACCCGGUCAUUGUCACUCCUACAGGUGGCAAUUUUGCCAUGACGAACUCUAACAGUUUUGAGGAGCGACUAGAAGAACCAGUGGGGUCCGGCAUGAACCAGAUUUCUAGAGUGGAGCUGAUGCACAAGCUAGCUCGAACAGAACAACCUACUAAUGUGCCUGUGACUGAUAUGUUCCGUCCCAAUAUUCCCACUGCCACGUCGCGCUCUGUUUUGCUGAAAAAUAUGUUCAAUCCAGAAGAAGAGACAGAAAGAGGGUGGGAUAUGGAGCUUCGAGAUGACGUCAAAGGCGAAUGUGAAGAGAAGUACGGGCCGGUAUUGGCCAUCGCAAUCGAGAAAGAAUCUAUGGGCGGCGAGAUCUACAUUACUUUUGAUUCAGUUGCCUCUGCACAGAAAGCCAUCGCAGGAUUAAAUAAUCGUUGGUUCGGUGGUAGGCAGAUCACAGCUGCCUUCAUUCCAGACGCUCUAGUAUCUGCUCACGGAGGGAAGUGA